UAAUUUUAUAUAUUAUCUAAAAAUUGUAAUGUAUCAUUUAAUAAAGCUGCUUUUUUCUAUCAUUUAUUUUAACAAUUAUUUUGUAUCUAUUAUGUGAUAAAAAUUGUAAAUCUCCGUGUUGCAAUACACACACAGUUUGUUUAAAAAGUUCAAGAAAUAAUUCUGGUAUUUUAUAAAUAAACGUUAUUUAUUAUGUAUUUAUAUAUCAAAAAUAAUAUCAUUAACUGUACAUAAAAAUUUGUUUGAAAUUGAUUUGAACACAUUUCAAAGAUCUUUAUGACGUUUCAGUUCACAGUUUUAUUUUCUGAAUUUUUUGAGCAGACUGCAGUAUCUACAUACAUAUAACUCAUAUAUUUAAAAACAGCUAAUUUUAAAAGUAGAUAUUGAUUUUACCAGGUUUUAGACGUUUAUGGACUUCUAGGGCUUUGCUGGCCGAACAGUUUGAAAAUGAUAGUAACAAGAAAACCGAAUCGCACCAAUCAGUUCAUGAGGAGAACGAUGAGGAAUAUGAGAAAAAUAUCAAGAUAAAAAUUCUGGAUGCCUCUGUAAAAUUUGUUCCUGAUAUGGGAUGGAGCAAGCAGGCUAUCAGCGCUGGUGCUGAGUCGAUCGGAUACCCGGGCGUGGUACACGGACUGUUUCCAAAUGGUGGCGCAGCUUUAGUACAGCACUUUUACUCCAUAUGUAAUCAGGAAUUAAAUCAGAUCCUGAAAAAACAGGCGCUGGAUACGAAGGAAUCCCCUUCGGGUAAGCGAAAGCCAGAGCAGCAGGUCCGCGACGCCGUGGAGAUACGACUGCGAAUGGUGAUUCCCUAUAAGAAAACGUGGCCACAAGCGAUAGCCAUCAUGAGCCUGCCGCCAAACGUGCCGACUUCUUUAGCGAAUUUGUUGACUUUAGUUGAUGAUAUCUGCUACUACGCCGGUGAUAGAUCCGUUGACAUUAACUGGUACACGAGGAGAAUGAUACUGGCGACCAUUUACAAAACCACCGAAUUGUACAUGCUGCAAGAUACCAGUGAAGACCACAAGGAAACCUGGCUGUUCCUGGAGAGACGAAUAAAUGACGCUUUACAAGUGCACGCGGUGCUUUCUAGUUCGGUCAAGCCAGACGAAGCGUUACAUCGUGUCACGGAAACGGCUACUGCUGUUUUUACGACGGCACGCAAUAUACUCGGAUUAAAUUAAAACGAAUGUAAAAGAAUGAAAGAAACUUUUAGAAAACGUAAUAGCAUAGAUAUUCCUAAAUAAAAUAAAAUUAAAAUAUUUCUUAAUAA